UUACCGCCCAGCCCGGCUCCAAGGGAGCAUCGCUCCGUCCCUGCCGCCGCCCAGCACCGUCCUGGAUCGGGGCCCGGGGCCGGCUGAGCACUCAGGUCUCUGGACAAAAUGGGGAAUAGAUUAGUGAAACCCAAGCAUCUGAGGCAGACAGACAGACACGUAGCAAACCUCGCUAUUGGCUGUGCUGCCAACCAUAAGUUUUUGAUGGACCCAUGCCUAGGCAUCAGUGUGAUCAAUGGGCAAGCUGAUGUUCUUUGCAGCAAGAUACUUGAACUGGAAAAGGAGCUGAAGAGAAAAGACCAAGAGUUGCAAGACAGUCAAAGUCAUGUUGCUGAGCUUCAGGAACAGCUGGCUAUGCAGACUAAGGUCAUAGCAGAACUCACCAAGGAACUUCAGAGCAAAUGUACACAGUUGAACAAGCUCCAGGAUGUUGUUAGCACUCAAGGAGAGCACUCUCUUCAGCCUUCUCCAUUGAAAGUUUCUGCCAGUAGGAGGAGAGGAGCCAAGGAAGGUGUAUCUGCAGAGCCGACAACACGGCUGUAUGAUUUGAGCAGGAAAGCCAUGUUUUCCCUUGAAAAAGCAACGGUCCGAAAGGAUUCCAGUGAGAAGAAGCUUAUCACGGAUGCCCUGAAUAGAAAUCAGUUCUUGAAGAGACUGGAGCCUCACCAGACACGAGAUAUGGUGGAAUGUAUGUAUGAAAGGACUUUUCAGCAAGGCAGCUACAUCAUCAGACAGGGAGAACCAGGCAAUCACAUUUUUGUGCUCAAAGAGGGCAAUCUGGAAGUCUUUCAGCAGAAUAAGCUACUAUCCUCAAUACCUGUGUGGACAGCAUUUGGUGAACUAGCCAUUUUAUACAACUGCACACGGACAGCUUCUGUGAAAGCAAUCACUAAUGUUAAAACAUGGGCGUUGGACAGAGAAGUGUUUCAAAAUAUCAUGAGAGUGACAGCACAAACAAGACAAGAGCAAUACAGAAACUUCCUUAGAAGUGUGUCCCUGCUGAAAAACUUACCUGAAGAUAAAUUAACCAAGAUCAUCGACUGCCUGGAGGUGGAGUACUAUAACAAGGGAGAUUAUGUUAUUCGGGAAGGAGAAGAGGGAAAUACCUUCUUCAUAAUAGCAAAAGGAAAGGUGAUAGUUACCCAAAGUACAGCAGAUCACUCACAGCCUCAGCUGAUUAAAAAUCUACAUAAAGGGGAUUACUUUGGAGAAAAGGCUCUUAUUAGUGACGACGUCAGAUCAGCAAACGUUAUUGCAGAUGAAUACAACGUGGAGUGCCUCGUUAUAGACAGAGAGACCUUUAAUCAAACCGUUGGAACUUAUGAGGAGCUUCAAACUUACCUUGAAGGUUAUGUGGCUGAUCUGGCCCAGGCCGAUGAAAAGCGACAUGCAAAAGGAAGAUCCUUCUGUGGACAGCUGACCAAAGAGGUGUCUUUGGAGAUGAUAGAGCUGAAGGAGAAAGUAGCCCAGUUCCCUCCUUCCCCAUUCAAGAAUUUAGAAGUUGUCACAACUCUGGGUGUUGGUGGGUUCGGAAGGGUUGAGCUUGUUAAAGUGAAAAAUGAGAACAUGGCUUUUGCUAUGAAGUGUAUAAAGAAGAAACAUGUAGUGGACACCAAACAACAAGAGCAUAUCUAUUCUGAAAAGAAAAUCCUUGAGCAGAUAUGUUCUCCUUUCAUUGUAAAACUAUAUCGCACAUUCAAAGAUAAUAAGUAUGUAUACAUGCUUCUGGAGGCUUGCCUUGGAGGGGAAUUGUGGAGCUUGCUGAGAGACAGAGGCAGCUUUGAUGAAUUCACCACCAAGUUCUGUGUUGGGUGUGUGACAGAGGCUUUUGACUAUCUACAUCACAUAGGAAUAAUCUACAGAGACCUGAAGCCAGAAAACUUAAUUUUGGAUGCUGAAGGAUAUAUAAAACUGGUUGAUUUUGGAUUUGCAAAGAAGAUUGGAUCAGGGCAGAAAACCUGGACGUUUUGUGGAACCCCUGAGUAUGUUGCUCCUGAAGUCAUACUGAGUAAAGGCCAUGACUUUAGUGUGGAUUUUUGGUCCCUUGGGAUUCUUGUGUAUGAACUCCUUACUGGCAGUCCACCAUUCUCUGGGGCUGAUCAAAUGAUGACGUAUAAUUUGAUUCUCAAAGGCAUUGAGAAGCUGGAUUUUCCUAAAACAAUAACAAGGCGGCCUGAGGAUUUGAUCCGAAGACUCUGCAGGCAAAACCCUACAGAAAGAUUAGGCAAUUUGAGAAACGGAAUUAAUGACAUCAAGAAGCACAGGUGGUUGAGUGGUUUUAACUGGGAUAGUCUGAAAGUGAGGAAAUUAACGUCACCUUUAAAAAGAGAGUUGUCUGGACCGACUGAUUACAGCUACUUUGACAGCUAUCCACCUGAAGAGGGAACCCCUCCAGAUGAACUUUCAGGCUGGGACAAGGAUUUCUGAUAGUUGUUUCUUCUGGGACAUGUAUAGACACUCGUAGGCUUCAGUUCUAAACCUGCUGUCUUGUUUCUUGCUACAAACUACACAGUUCUCCUUGAAGAGUAGAAGACCAUACAGCAACCGGAGUUUGUUUGGACAAUGCACCAAAAUCUGUGUCCAUUUCUUUAUAACAAGGGCAUGCAUUCAGUCAACAGAUGUAGCCUGAAUGUGCUUUGAUACACAGUGUCUCUACGAAUAUUUUCAGACACUAUGGGUCGGACUUAUGGUUUUGCCAUUAGAAAUGUCAGUAGCUAAUACUUUGAUGUUAACAAGGUUACCAUUUUGGAUGGAGAGGAUUGGAAGCCAAUAACUCUGUGGCAUUUGUCAGCUGACAACUAUAGGCACUUAUUUUUCAUUUUAUCUGAUGUCUGCUGUGUUUCAUUUUUAACCCAUAAAGUCCAGUAUUCCAUUAAUCCAGAAAUGUGUAUAGAAGAGGCUUUUACUGAAAGGUUGAUUUGAUCUGAUGCUGCAGCUAAAAGGGCAUCACUGUGGAAACUGCCUCUCUGUCAGUUGAGUUUUGCAACAGGCUGAAUAUAUGACACAGGUCAAAUGAAAAUCCAGUAGGAAACAAGGUAUAUACAUAAUAGAAGUUGCCUAAAGAAGUAGACUGUGGUGUGUAUUUCCCUUACUGCUUCAAAGAGCCAUGUCUAUUUCUUAAAAUGUUUUGCUUUUAUGUAGUGAGAAGAUAAAACAGACGGACAGAAAGCAUUUACCUUGCAGGGAAAAAAAUGCAGUUGGAUGUUGUGCAUUCAUGGUUUAUAUAGAAAAAAUCUGUUGCUCUCUGUUAAGAACUACAACUGCUGUUGAAACAGGGAGUUCAUGGUUGUCCUGCUGGGCUUAUGGGAUUGAUGAGUCUGCAAAGCUUGCUAGGAUUUGUUUCAGCUCCCACAGAGACGAAGUCCAGUCUAAAUUUCAAUACUGAAGCUCCCACAGCUCACUGCAUUUCGAGUGCUGGGUGGAAAACCUCCCAGGAAACUUGUACUGUGUACUCAGGGUUUAGUUACUGCUGGAUAGUCUUCCUAGCUGCUGCUGGUCACGACUUUUCCACCGGGUGAGGGAGGGACUGCCACAGGGGCAGUUCCAUGGUUUGUUACAUGGUUAUAAUUAUCUUUUACUGCUGAGUGGCCAUUGCUUUGACAGCAAAUCAAUUUAAAUAUUUUGUAUAACCUUCAGUCUGAAUAAGGCAGUAGAACAUUUUCCAUUGAAUUUAAUGAAGGUUGGAUUGAGCCCUUGAAAGAAGACACUACAUGUUCAGCUGGUUUUGUUUCCCUGCUUGUUUGCAAAUUAUUAUGGAAACUUUCAGCCAGCAAAGCCUGUGCAAAAUGGUGGUAAGCACACACAGUCAGAGAGGAUGGAGCAGCGUCUGUAAGAUGGGAUUGUAGAUGCUUUCCACUAGCUCUGUUUAGCAAUACCAAAGACCAGAUUUUCUUUUCAGGAUUUAGACGAGCACUGAAAGUUAGGUCUUCAUGUUUCUCUGUGCAUUUUUCUUUCUCUCAUAAGUAUUUUUUAUUGCAGUCAAAAUAAUAUUGCACCAAGUUUUAUAAAAUCUUUUGAAUGUAUUUUUCCAUUGUACUUACAGGUAGUUUCCUUAUAUAUAUAUAUAUAUAAAUAAUAAUGGUGUGUAUAUAUAAAUAUAUGUUUUUUAAGUGAAGAAAUAGCUGUAUGAUAAGUUUAGUGCAGUUAGCAUUAAGUCUGUGCAGCUGUAGCAUAUAUUUUCUUUAUAAAGUUUAACUUAUCUUGUUUAUUUGUGUGCAAAUAAAGUAAGAUUACAGUGUAAAGGGCAGGACAUUAAUACUUUAGAAGCACAUUCCAUACAGCAGUCCAGAUUCAUAGCCCUGAUUUAUACUUCUUGUCUAUGUGAUUGAGAAGAGACUGAAAAGAGGCAGAAAAGACUGCCCUGGAGGGGCAUCAGAGUCACUGAUGUCGUUUCUUACAGCCUGUCCCUCACUCAGAUUAUGUUUUCCCUAGUGGGUGCUGAGAAAAUGAAUGCAUAAGAAGCUACAAUAAAUGAGGCCACAUCAUUUCGUGCUUAUGUAGAGUACCCAUGUACAUUUGAUUCAUUUUAUUUCUGGCACAUAUGCAGUUGACUGAGCUGAAGUUUUCCAGAAACAAGCAGCAGCUGAUACAGUAGAGGCUAAACAUUACUUGAACUAACGCCAAAUGUCUUUGACAGACAGAUGUACUUCAGUCUUCAACAUGGCACCAGUGGAGUUAUGCUGAUGUGAAACAAGCAGAUAAAUGGGUGAUUCAGGCUCAAGUAGCUUCACAGUGCAGGAGAUCAUGGGGGAACUGAAUGGACAGUCAUGAUGAUGAUUAGAUUAUGCUCAUUGUUGCCUUUUCUGAUUUAACGUCAUUGAAUAACAGAUUUUGACAUUCAGGUUUUGAUCAUGCUGUGGAUAUGUUAGUAACUGUCUGUCCUUGGUGUUCUUAUCUGUGCUUUGCCUUCCUGUCUUUUCAACUUUGCUUUUAUUGUGUGGCUCCCUGAGAAACCCAGCUGUAGCUAUGCUUUUUAACCUAUACUUCUGCCACAAAAGAACAUGCCUCAGGAGGCAGGAAGGAUGAUGUUUCUUCCUGGCAGAGAGCAGAGAUGAGGAGCAGUUAGUCUGGGCUGGGUAGAUCAAAGUGCCUUCCCCCAGCUACCACAUCAGAGUGGUGAACACUUGAGAGAGACUUGUAGGCAGGAGCAGAAGCACAGUGAGAGAGAAAAGUCCCAGGCAUGUGAUAAUCCUAGCCAGUUUUUAGUGCAAAUGAUUAAUUUUCACCAUGUCCUCACAGCUGCCUCUUCGGGCUUUGAGAAGGGUGAGGUUGGCCACCCCAAUGCCUGAAUGCAUCACCUCUUAAUAGAAAGGGGAAGAAGUAACCUCAG